CUGAGGUGGAGAAGUUGGUUCCUGGAGGAAUUGAUGGUCAGUCCCUCAAGCUGAUCGCAAAGCUCAGGAUCAACAUUGACGCUGCACAGUGGUGCCACAAGUCCAUAUUGGAUGAGAUUCAGGCGAAGGCCUCGUCCUGCCAACAACAGCUGGAGUCGGUGUGGGUGAGGAAGUACGUCCCCUUCACCGGGCAGAAGCGCAAGAAACUCCGGCAGCAGAUUCAGUCGCUGAUUGAUCAGCUCGAGCUCCUCGUGCGCUUCAGCGGGAUCAACGUGAAGGGUUUCACGAAGAUCUGCCAGAAGAUCGAGAAGAAGCUGAGCCACGGCCUUGCGGCAAACAUCAUGGAGAAGUAUGUUAAGAAGAUGCCCUACUACUUGGAUUGUGCCGAGGAUGGAAACGGGAUCGCGCAUGCUCUCGGGGAGGAAUUGAGGAGGAUGUUGCAGGAGGUGGGUGGCAAAGCGGAUGAAGAUGAAGUGACUGUCGGGUGUUCAGCGUUGUCGUUGCUGAUGAAGGGAGACAAGCACAGGUCACAUCCCAACCAAAUGCUCAACAUGUAAAGUUAAUGUUCGCAUCGCAUGCUAUCUGUGAGGUUAGAAAUGUAUUUUGGAUCGACUGGAAGGUAACAUUAGUAGAGCGAUAUUUGACCCUUUUUUUUCUCAAAAUGAAAAAUUAUGAUGACUA